UAGACGCCGAGUCUUCGGGCACCCAAAGGCGGAGUAAGAAACCAGGAGCGGAUCUGAUUGGUUGCUGGAAGACGCCGCGCCCACCUCACAGGAGGACGAACCAGUGAGCUAAGCUGGGGGGCGCGGGCCCGGCCGGGGCACCGGUGAGUCGCCGGCGCUGCAGAGGGAGGAGGCACUGGUCUCGACGUGGGGCGGCCAGCGAUGAAGCCGCCUAGUUCAAUACAAACAAGUGAGUUUGACUCAUCAGAUGAAGAGCCUAUUGAAGAUGAACAGACUCCAAUUCAGAUAUCAUGGCUAUCUUUGUCACGAGUGAAUUGUUCUCAGUUUCUCGGUUUAUGUGCUCUUCCAGGUUGUAAAUUUAAAGAUGUUAGAAGAAAUGUCCAAAAAGAUACAGAAGAACUAAAGAGCUGUGGUAUACAGGACAUAUUUGUUUUCUGCACCAGAGGGGAACUGUCAAAAUAUAGAGUCCCAAACCUUCUGGAUCUCUACCAGCAAUGUGGAAUUAUCACCCAUCAUCAUCCAAUCGCAGAUGGAGGGACUCCUGAUAUAGCCAGCUGCUGUGAAAUAAUGGAAGAGCUUACAAUCUGCCUUAAAAAUUACCGAAAAACCUUAAUACACUGCUAUGGAGGACUUGGGAGAUCUUGUCUUGUAGCUGCUUGUCUCCUACUAUACCUGUCUGACACAAUAUCACCAGAGCAAGCCAUAGACAGCCUGCGAGACCUAAGAGGAUCCGGGGCAAUACAGACCAUCAAGGAUCUACCUACUGCUCAGUUUUUGCCCCAGUCAGUUUUGAGAAUGGAUCCUCUCACCUAGAACAAUGAGAUGGUUGUUAUUAAUACAAACUUGGUAGGUUCUUGGGUGGAUACUUGGCCAAAAAAAAAUCUAUGGAAGAUCCUAUUACAUCACCAAAACAUUUAAUAAAGACAGAUGAAUGACUAUAAUACAAAAAAUGGAAAGCAGUGCUAAUUAUCCUUUGCAGUGGAUAACUGGGGACAUCUUCCACAUGUACAUUCCCGUAACACUUCAAAACACUGCACUAGCAAUGCCAAGGAUAUUGUAUUAAUCAUGUUACUGAAAAGAUUCUGCAGAUUUCACUUCAUUUUUGUAGAUCUGUAAAGCUGAUGUGCCUUCCUUUUGGCAGCGUGCCCUCUCAGCAUUAGAAUCCACUCAUCAGAGGAGUGGGCACCAAAGAAUCCUGGCCAUUAGGCAGCUCCCUAGACUUGAGAACCCAUCUUCCCAGGGUUGGAGGUCUAAUCCAGUGUCAUUAACAGUGAAUUAUCAUAAUUACUAAUAAAUUCACCAAGCAACCUGAUUCUUAGGGCUUAAAUAAGGUCAUUAACGGGACAAUCCAUACAGGAUCCACUCCACUGUACACGUCUGAAACAGACAACUCUCCUUAUGUUAAAAUCAAACGA